AUGGACGCCCCCUGGAGACGGUCCCUUACUAAACCACCUGGCAUCCCAGAAUCCACGCAGUCGUUCUUUUCCGGGUUAGGUUGUAUCGUGGCAGGCACGAUGAAUACUGUUGCAUUGACACUAUGCAUGACCUUGAUGUGCCUUAUUGGCUACAGAGCUGAGGAAGAAACUAAUGCCCGACUUCUGGUCUCCAAGAAUAUCCUUAACCAAUAUCUGGUUGAGGGAAAAGAUUUAACAAUAGAAUACAAAAUUUACAAUGUUGGGGGAACUGCUGCGCUGGCUGUCAAGCUGAAGGAUGAUAGCUUCCCUAAAGAUGAUUUUGAGAGAGUUAAAGGUUUUUUGGAAGUCCAGUGGGACCGCAUUGCUCCAGGUACUAACACCACUCAUGCCGUCAUCCUUCGCCCAUUGAAGUCUGGAUACUUCAACUUCACAUCUGCCGAGAUCAGUUACCUCCCCUCAGAAGAUAGCUCAGAAAGAGUGAUUGGUUACACCAGUGCUCCAGGAGAGGGCGGAAUUGUAAACCUUGGCGAUUUUGACAGGAAAUUUUCACCGCAUGUAUUGGACUGGGGUGUGUUUGCAGUCAUGACACUCCCUUCUCUCGGAAUUCCAUUCCUUCUCUGGUUCAGAAGCAAGUCCAAGUACGAUACUCCAAAACCCAAGAAAAACUGACAACAUCUCAACAUUAAUUUGUUUUACAAAUUUAGGUCCAGUAUCUUUUUUAAAAAUAAAAAACCAAAAAACU